AUGUACACGAGCAGCCACCCUCCUACCGCAUCCCGUCCCCAAUCCUACGCACCCACACCCUACAGCUACACGCCGACAUCGUCACUCUCCGCCAAGAUCAGCCUAGACGAAGAAGUCAAGCUCGCCGACACAUCCACCGAACGCGACCUCCUCGACUCCCUAGCCGAGAUCUACAGCAUCAUACGCACUCUCGAUGGACUGGAGAAGGCAUACAUCAAGGACGCGGUCACGGAGACCGAGUAUACGGAGAUGUGCGCCAAGCUGCUGAAGCAGUAUAAGUCGAUCCUGAGUGAUGAGGGGGUGGAGAAGGAGUUUGGGGAUCUGGAGACGUUUGGGAGGCGGUGGGAGAUUGAAUGUCCCCGAGCCACAGAGCGUAUCCGGAUCGGCAUGCCCUCGACUGUCGAACAGCCAUCACACAAUCCCAACAACUCUGCGGCAGGCGCAGGAGCAGCGUCAAGCCGUCUCAUCGUCGAUGCGACGGAGAAUUUCAUUACCUUCCUUGACGCGCUGAAGCUUAAUAUGUCUUCUAAGGAGACUUUGCAUCCUCUACUCAGCGAUGUGAUCCAGUCCGUCAAUAAAGUCACCGAGCGAGACUUCGACCAUCGAGGCAAGAUUAUCCAAUGGCUUAUCACAUUGAAUCAGAUGAGGACAACGGAGGAGUUGAGCGAGGGGCAAAUUAGGGACUUGACCUUCGAUAUGGAGCAGGCUUAUGCUGGGUUCAAGGGAACGAUUUAUUGA